AUGGGCAUGGCAUGCGACAUCGAGGGCCGGACGGGGACGGAAGACCAUGAAGUCUUGCUCCCUAAAACAGAUGAGCGCUGUCGUGGUGUUCAGUCCAAUGGAAUGACGACGACGAUAGAAGCCGAGACUUCAGGUCUCAAUCCAGAGGAGACAGCUAUGAUCCUCACGAGUUUGAGUAAAGGCUUCUCACCUGGGCAGAUGAUGGCACGAGAUGCUGUCCCGGAUGUUGUCGACGAGAUGGUCGAGGGAGUGGACGCUGAAGAUGAAAAUGCAUCGCAACGUCGCUGUCACUUUCUUGCUUCGGCCGGUGGCGGGAGACAGAUGCACCGCGUGCAGCAAAUUAAUUUCGAUGGCCCGGAAGGCAGCAAGCUCGACUUUACCGAUGACGCGGGCUUUAGUCACCGCUUUCGAAACGAGAGCAAUCGCGUCAAAAGUUUAGUGACCAAGCACAUUUCCAUUGAUGAGCUGCGUGUGCACUUCGACCGCCCGAUUAUUGACGUGGCCAAGGACUUUGGCAUCUGCAUUACACUCAUGAAGAAGAUCUGUCGUCGAAACGGCAUCAAGAGGUGGCCGCAUCGUCAAAUCCGAUCGCUUUCGAAAAGUAUUGCGUCCAUGGAGGCUGCAAUGCUCAGUGCGCAUGGAAACGAGCGUGACAAGUACCGGGACCAGAUUGCAAACCUGGAAAGGAAGCGCGAAGCUGUGAUUGCAGACCCAAACAAGGAUGAUCCCAUGCGUCCCAAGACGUUCUCACCUUCUUCAGUAAUGGAUCGUGGUUCCACCACUGACGAAGGAUUAUGGGCUUCUUGGCAACUUCCUUUGAGCGUUCAACUGUCUCCACAACUCGCUCAGGACACGCAUGCUUUGCCUCAAACCAGUGCCCCCGUAACACCGACUGUCAAGACGGAAAAUCUGAUGGUGGGUACGUCAGGUCCAGCUUCUUCGUCAAGUACCGUUACCACUGGUCCUUCGAAAGGUGGGCGCUGGACGGGUGAGGAGCAUGCUGCUUUUCUAGAAGGCAUUCGGUUGUACGGCAAAGACUGGCGACGCGUGGCUCAGGUGGUCAGGACACGCAGUGCCGUGCAAACGCGUACUCAUGCCCAGAAAUAUUUAUUGAAAUUUGCUGGGCGCUUUCCAUUCGAUACUGAUGGUGCGCUGAAGGGUCAGCCGAUGUCACCGGUACAGCCACAGGCUACGCAGUGUGCACCACAACCGGUCACAUCCGCAUUGAGUCCAACAACGAGAACGACAUCGAGCGACGCUGCUGCGACGACAUCACCAAGUGACGAAACCAUGAGUUCUGGAUCCUGGGCUUCCUCCGAACAAGAUCCUCAACGGCCAGUGCAGCACUCGAAAGGUUCAUGUACAACCUCAGACGGCAGAUGUUUGCAAGCCGAGCUGGGAAUCGUGUCUCGUGGACGGGAAAACGUCAAAAUUCCCGUACUUCCUCCCCUAUCGUCUCGCACGACGUUCAGAGCGAAACGAUCAGCAGCUGCAGCGUUUCAGCCCCAUUCACAUCCGCUAAAAGCGGCCCCAGGUCCAUUCCAGUACUUACGUUGCAAUAACAGCAACAGGGUGCCGUAG